AGCGUGUACCAAAGCAAAGCAUCUUCGUCGCGAAGGAGCUGUCAAUCUGAUUUGUCGGUUAAAAAAAUCAAACAACGCAGCUUGCGUGAAUCGUUUGUGGUUUUGUGGAAUCUGGAAUCUGACCGCGGACCAGGAUGGGGGACACGAACCUCCUGUCGGCGUACAAGCUGAUCAACUCGCAGGUGGUGUUGAGCAACCAAAAACUGAAGGAGGAAAUCCGCGAAAAGAUCGAAAUGAUAAACGAAAUUCACGACGAGCUGUUCCAGUGCCGGGCGGAGAACAAAACGCUCCGUGACAUGGUCCACAAGCUGCUGGAGCAGUUUAAAACGGUGACCACAAUUAUGAUAUCGGUGCGUGACCAGAGUGGGAACGUCUUUGACAUGGUCAACCGGGAGCACGUCGCGAUUGAGCGGGAACAACAGAAUCGAAAGCCGGUGGCCGCGCUGGUCUAUGAGAAACGCCGAGCGGAGAACCCACCACACGAGAAUGAGGCCGCAAUUGCGGAGGAGGACGACGAGAACCAGUCGAUGGAGGAUUACCGGACGGCGGUUGGUUUGGAGGGGGAGGAAGAGGAGGACGACGCGGAUGAGUCCUUUGAACCGCGGGUCACUUUGAAACUGUCCAUGAGUCCGCAGCUGAACCGGUUGUCGCACCCGCGAAGGUCCCGCAAUCGAAGCAUUGACGAAUCGUUUGAGACCGUGGAUACGAACAGUGUGGUCGCGGUUGGCCGACGGAGCCAUCCGGGUCGAGAAUCGCGCGGCGGUGGCCGAACCAGCGAGGAAGAUAGUUCUGCGGAAGUACACGAAAUGGACGUCAGUGGCUGUGUCGUGCAUCCGACGAUUACGGUGGUAUCUCCCGACAAGACGGAAGCUAUUGAAGUUGAUCCCAGCACCGUGACGGAGAGCACGUUAGAGGCCAGCAGUUUUGUCGAUCCGUCGGGAAUACCGAGCGACCAGAGCACCCAGUCUGAGCUGAACCCGGAGACGGACCAGAGUCUGCGACCGUCGAAGAUCAAGCGGAUGGCGAGCGAUUCGAUGAUUUGCUCGUUGGUGGAUCGCGAGGCCAACAAGGAAAACAACACGACCACCAACGACGACACGAUCGCGAACGCAAGCUGCUCAACACCCGUUACAAAGUCCCGCAACUUGCGUGGCCGGGGUAAAAAGCGCCAACCGCCGAUAUCGCCCGUCCCGAUGGUGGCGCUUACGCCGUUGACCAAGGCCAACCUGCAGCAGCACAACAUUUCGUACGACGGACUGCUGACGGUGCCGAAUGGGAACGCGAGAAGUGUGAAAAAUGAACUCGACCGAAGCGACCAGGACAGUAUGAACUCAACGGACUCGAAAAGACCCCGCCGAAAGGCCGCUCCCAAGGUUCUGAAGGAACCCACGCUGAUCAAAAAGCUACGGCGAAAGUAGCCGUUUGACUGAGUUUUGUUUCAUCUUUUUCAAUUUUUGUUUUGCGUAAUUGUAGAUCACGGAAAAACCUUAAUUUUAGUAACAAUUGAAAUAAUUUUAAUAAAAUAUUGAUGUACCACGAAA